AUGGCUUUAAAUCCUUUGUCAAAAAUACUCGAAGAAAACAAACUUACUGGACCAAAUUUCACUGAUUGGCUCCGAAAUUUGAGAAUCGUUCUCAAUUUAGAGAAGAUCGGUUAUGUUUUGAUCCAAGAUCCUCCAUUGAUUGGUAUCAUACCAGAUGAUGCUGAUGCUGAUGUUGAUCAACUUGUUGUUCAUAAUGCUAAUGUUGCAACAUUUGAAAAGUGGAAGGACGAUGAUCUGAGGGCUAAGAGUUAUAUCCUUGCCUCUAUGACCAAUGAGUUACAACGUCAGCAUGAAAAGAUGCCUGACGCAAAAUCUAUGGUCAAUCACCUACAAGAGUUGUACGGUGAGCACAGUAGGAUUGCACGUUAUGAGGUUACCAAGGCCUUAUUUCGAGCAAAACUACAAGAAAGAGGAAAUGUUGGAGAUUAUGUCUUAAAUAUGAUUGGCUUAUUGGAGAGAUUGGAAGAAUUAAAUAUCUUCCUUGACUCUGAGCUUGAAGUAGACUUAAUUCUACAGUCUCUUCCAGAUUCUUUUGGGCUUUUCAUAAUGAAUUUUCACAUAAAAAAGCUUCAUUGUUCCAAAUCUGAUCUGCACUGCUCAUGCUACAAUGAAGGGCAUGAACAUUGA